GUUUUGUUAUUUUUUGUUAGAUGUGAAUAAAAGCGACUCUUUGUGACAUUCACUCGUAAAAAGCGGAGACAGUAUGCUGAAGGGACACCCUUUGUCCUCAAAAGAGACGGUUAUUAAGGCGGCACUAUGUAAUUUUUGAACAUUAAUUUGUUGAAAUGAUAGCUUACAAAUUGGGACAGUUUAGUCGUGUUGCGGUAGAUUGAGCGGGAUGUAAGGCAGCCGCAGCGGGAUUUAUGUUGUGUAUUAAUAAGUAUGCGCGAGAAAGCCUAUUUUGGCGUAUUAUUAUAAUCCAUGUGACGGUAGUGUUGGUGUAACGUAAUUAAUAACAGACAAUUGUACUCAGAGUGCUGGAAUGGAGUUUGUAUUUCUGCCUUCACAAAUACAAAUGUAAGGUACUAGCAGAGUGCAGUGAAACGACGAACAAAAUGUUGUGACAAACGUGCGAAACAAAAGGUGACUUAAAAAUGUGUCACCCAAAGAAUUUCCUAGACGUGACCAGCAGUAGAACAUUUUUGUUCAUAAUAGUGUUGCUUUCUCUAAAGCUGUGCAGUCCUCAGGACUUAAAUGAGGAGUUUGUGAACGAGGAUAGUAUAGAUACGUCUGAUAUUAGUAUAGUGCCAGUGAAAAAAGUGAAGUUUCCUAGGAAUGUAGGGGUGGCAACGCCCUGUAGGAUGAGCGAACUUCUCUGUGACACCGGUCAGUGUAUAUCUCUGGACAAGUACUGUAACGGAGAGGAUGAUUGCGGAGAUAAGAGCGACGAGCCCAAGUCCUGUACACCCUGCAACAGAACGUACAUGGGUGACGUGGGUCGUACAUACGAAUUAGAGGUCCGCAGGCCUCGAGAAGACCACCUCCCUUUCGUGUGCCACCUCAACUUUACCGCCAUGGGCGCCGACUAUGGCGACAUUAUACAGCUAACAUUUGAUACGUUCACGGUGGGUAAAUUCGUGUCGUUCACGUCGGAUGGCUGUCCGGACGGGCACAUGACGAUCGUAGAACGGUCUCCCUCCCCGCCCACGGGACAAUGGUGCGGCUCAGCCUGGGGUUACACCGUGUAUUUCUCAGAGUCUGAUUCUAUUAAUAUGACGCUAAGAUUAGACAGGCUAAGUCAACAGGGCGUGGGCUACAAUUUCGACUUCAAGCUGGCUUACAAGUUUUUAAGACGAAGUGAAGCGAGAUUACGGUACGGUAACGCAACUGUCGGCGCGUGGAGAGGAGAGAGGGUUCCAGGGACCUACUGCGACAGAAUACUGAGUGACUGCGACCUUCGGGCCUGUCGCAUCCAGUCGCCCAACUUCCCCGGCGUUUAUCCCCGCAACGCAACUUGUACAUACCGCAUCGAACAUACUAAGAUACCGGCAGAUAAACAUGUUUUACUAGCAGUAAGACAGACGAAUAGUCACAAAAUACAUAUCAAAGACCAAAUAGUGAAGUACGAUAGGAGUCAGCGUGUCUUAAAGAUUUGGGACCAAUGCAACGUCGUGCAAGAUUACCUCACAGUUUGGGACGGCCCCACUCGCGAUUCACCUGUGCUGGUGCGCCUUUGUGGUGGGGAUGCGGUCCCAGAUAUUGUGAGCCGAGGCCCCAAUAUGUUGCUCGAGUUUCAUACGUCGCCGUACGAUAAUCCGUUUCACCCGGUACCGUUGAGCUACCUGCCAGGAUUCGAGCUUGAAGUACAGGUGCUAUACGUGGAGAAGGAUUCACACUCGUACGUGCGUUCGGAUGGACGAUGCCGUUUCGUUUUACGCUCGUCAGACAAAACUAGUGGAGUAUUGAGGAAUCCAAGGCAUUCGUUGCCGCCGAACACGUCUUGUGUCUACUAUUUUCAGGGUCGCGCCAACGAGAUAGUUUGGGUGUCGUUUGUGAAGUACCAUUCGGCUGGAACGGAGCCGGCUGGCUUCGACCAGCAGAAAGACUGCUCGUCACAGCUAACGAUAUGGGAUGGAGCGGCGCCUGAUGCUGAUUUGGAUCGAAAGUUGGACAUGAGCGACAAGAAAUCCCGUCUCGGACUGUUUUGUCGCGAGGAGUCCCCAAGACUAUGUGACCAUGCGCUCCUUUCAAACGCGACCAGAGCAACGCGGCCAUGCGCCCCUUCUGAAAGCUACAUCACGACUGGAAACGCCCUCACUAUACUGCAAGAACUACGUCAGGGAUCCGCACUUUACCCAGUAUCGUUUGUCCUCCGGUACGAAUUUGUAGACGUUAGUGAACAAGGACAACCUUUGGUAGACUCACAAUCAGCCUGCGACCGAGUCUUCAAGUCUGCUCAGACCUAUUCAGGCAGAUUUCAAGCUCCACGUGCAAUAUUCUAUUAUGGAAGAGGUGGUGCACAAAACCUUACUUGCAUCUUAAGAUUCGAAGCUAAACAAGGAGAAAGAAUACAGUUGACCUUCACGAGCACUUACUUUGGAAAUAAAUAUUGUAAUACGCACAAAGACUCACGUACAAGUCGUUGGAAAUGCGAUAGGCCUGCGAAAAGAACCAUUGGGGGCGAAGGACUCGCGCAAAUUAUUAUAACAGAAUAUCCUUGGGAAGGAGUGCCGAUUCAAAGGGACUGCAUUUGUACUAAUAGAUCUGAACCUUUGAACGUACACACAUUAACUGCUCCAGUAGUCGAAAUUAACUUUACUGUAACGAUGAUGAACAUUACUGAAGAUUAUGACGAUUUUGCCUUUGAAGGUGAAUAUAAAUUUGUUCCUACUGGACCUGGUGAUGAGACCGUAUGUUCAACGGGAUGGGGUAAAAGACGACUAAGGGGUAGCAGUGGAGAAAUUAGACUAUUUGAUAAAAGGCAAAUUCCUGUAGCUCCUGAAAUAGUUGGAGACAGACAUGUAAUAUCAGAAAGUGUUAGAGCUGAAGUUGCGUGCGUUCAUAGACCUUGGCUCAUCGAACCUGGGGGUGAUGAAGUGACUCCUGUACAAGGAAGGUAUUUGUACGUUAAAGUUCCAGGGUAUGAAGUCACACCAGCUUCACCAUUCUGUAGCACUCCAAAUCGAUUGUAUAUUUACGAGGCACAUGAUACGUCGAAAUUGAGAGAAGUGUGUCCAGAUGGAGCAAAUGUAAUAGAAUUAUAUUCACCAGGAUGGAAAUCUUCGCAAACGACUUUAGAAACUUCUUUGAAACCUCAUGCUAGGAGCUACGUUAUUGAUUUUCUGCAACAUGAACAGGCUGAUUAUUCAAUCAAAUGGAUAGAGCUUAUGAAGAAGCCAUCUUUUGAUCACGACUCGGAGUCUAACACUAUACCUCCACCUGUCUCUUUGGAAUGCCGAUAUAGCUGUCCGGAGUUGAACGCCUGUAUUCCUAUCGCAUUAUGGUGUGACGGUAGCGCACACUGUCCAUCGGGUUAUGACGAAGACGACUCAAAUUGCUCGUUCAGGAUAUCUUUACCGCCACCGUACGUGGCUGCGGCAGCUGGAGUUGGUCUUCUUCUAUGUGCUAUUGCCGUUGCUCUGUGCGCAUGCAAACGACGACGAAGAAAAGACAAGGAGUUCAAAGCGCGACUUGACGGUGCAUUACCUCCUGAAGAAAGACCGUUUGAUCGCGCCAAAACAAACGGUGUUCCAGAAGCUGCGCGCCAAUACGCUACUGUUCAAAAGUAUGCCACGAUAGAUAAGUACAGCUUAAGUCAGAAGUACAGCGCAGGGUUGAACGACGCUCGUUACUACGACGAGGUAGCACAAAGGGAUAAGCUCGCGGAUACAAGGUACGCUAGUUUGGGUCGUGCUGGCCGAGGCAUGCGAGUCGACAACUCGAGAGGCAACGGCUCGAGAAGAGCGAUGCCUGAUUUGGGUUACCCGGAUUUAAAAGACGGUUUUUGUUGACCCUCCCCGGAUCUGAUAGAAACGACAGUUUAGCGCUUAGGACGUUAACAUUUAACAGAUUUCCUUUCGUAAUCAUUAGAUUGAAGACUGAAUUUGGCGAAAGUGCCUCCCCUAACAUUUUGAUCAAUAGAUAUUCAGAUUCGAAAUUGUACUGCAGACAUUGGCUUCUAUUGUUAAGUAAUUUGUUUUAUACCGAGACGAAGACUAUGACUUUGACUUUGUAGAAUAUUGUGUAAAUAAAUUAACUAAAUAAGUUUGGAUAGCAGGCGUCAGAUACUUAAUAUUCUUUGCAUCAAAUCUCACAGUAAUUUUAUUCUCAUCAAAUAACAUAUCUAAAUGUACAUAAAACGCUUGACAAUACGAUUUUAAGAUACAAAAUAAAAUCAUUUUAAAUUGUUUGUAGAAUGAGUGGUUAGUGACUGACUCUGAACAAUAGAAUAAUUGUCGGAAUUAAGUGUACACUGAACAUGUUAUUAAGUAACUUCAUAAUGUAUAUGGGUAUUUUCCUGCAUCAACAAUCCUAUUUUAAUAUUGGGUGAAACAGACAAUUGUUUGCUACGUUAUUAAUAUUUUUGUACCUUCAAAUAAAAACACAAAAUACCUUUUUUGAACUUUUUGCAAUGGCAAAAUAUGAUCAAUUUUACGAUUGCUUUUUUGUAUUACUUUUUUAUUCAUUCACUGCAAACAAUUGUUUUUCACCCUGACUCUACAUUGUAAUAACACUAGUCAUAAAAAAUGAAAAUGUGAUAUAGGUUGUAAAAAAUGUAGGUAUCUAAGCGUUCACAGAAUGUAUAACUUAAAUUAGUACUUUUCCUUUGUGUAUAAAAGUAAUUAAGGGUGUAACUAAUUAGAUAUUGACUGUAAAUAAAUUAUAGCAUAAGAUUUUUAAAGUCUGUAAUUAUUUCCAGGUAAAAGGAAGAUUAAAGUCAUUUCUAAAAAUUAA